AUGAGAUCAUCUAUUCGAUCGAAAUUGGAGAGUAUUCUGAAGAUCAACAUCAUCCUGCUCUUCUUAAGUAUACCGUUAAUUCAUGGAAAAACAACAAGCAAGUUCCGAAAUCCUAUUUAUGAUCGUUUGGCUAAGAAAUCGCUGCCAAUCAACAACCGUCCAUCCGGCAAGCCCUUGCAUGUGUACGUAGGAUUUUUUGUCGAAAGUUUGGGUAACUUUCGAUCAACAGAAAUGACAUUUGAUAUGGAUUUAUAUAUGUAUAUGAGUUGGCUGGAUGUGCGCAUGGCCCAUAACCAAUCGGACUAUGUACUGGUUAAUGAUAAACACUUUCUUGACAAUAUGUGGUUACCGGAUUUGUACUUUGCUAAUGCGCGAACUGCCUAUUUUCACGAUGUGACCGUGCACAAUUUCAAUAUGUUCAUUGCACCCGAUGGAAUGAUUAGUUAUGGCACACGCGUUACACUCAAUUUGGCUUGUAAUUUGGAUUUGAAAGAUUAUCCAUUAGAUCGACAGACUUGUUUGGUUAAAAUCAUCAGUUAUGGUCAUGUCAAAUCUGAGAUGAAUGCAACAUGGUUUGAAGAAGGGUCAAUUCGAUAUAAUCCUGAUAUCAAUCUUCCGGAAUUUCAUAUUAUUUCCAUGGAAAAUGAUUAUUGUGAUGGCAUCUUCCAUUACACUAUAACACAUAACUCAUCUAGAAUAGGGGACUUUUCUUGUUUACUGGGCAAGCUUAACUUGAAUCGAGCUAUCGGGUUCCAUCUUGUUCAGAGCUACAUACCUACAGCACUUAUUGUCGCUAUUUCGUGGGUUUCGUUCUGGAUCGAUCGAAGAGCUGUACCAGCACGGGUUUCACUAUCAUUUACCACUUUGCUUACACUUAGUACUCAGGGGAAUGGUAUACGUUAUAUGCUACCAGCUGUUUCUUAUGCCAAAGCUAUCGAUUACUUCUACGGAGUCUGUAUGUUAUUCAUCUUCGGUGUAUUAUUAGAGUUCGCUCUUGUAAAUAGCUAUAUGAGAAAAGCCAACAAAUACAAUACCAACAAAUACAAUAGUAUGGCUGAGAAGCUACAAAUGGGGACGCAAGGCAGAAUGCCUUACGCGAAUCCCGGAGAUUACGAUUCGGAGUAUGAGGAAGGACCUACAAAAUAUUAUCCACAUAUUAGUAAAAGUUCCGCUCAUUUGAUGUUCAAAGCUCUUCAGUAUUCCCGUAGAGCUUUAGCCAUUGACAAAGCUGCUCGUUUUGCGUUUCCAUCUAUCUUCUCCUUGUUCAACGUGCUAUAUUGGAUGUACUACUUACGUGAACCUUAUCCAAAAGACCUUCAUUGA